AUGGCGCACCUAUUCGCCUCCGUGAAGGUUCUGCCGAUCCUGGCUGCUUCUGCUUUUGCCGCGGUCAGUUAUCCAGCGAUACCUACUGACUUGACAACUCCAGUGCAGCAGCGUCUUGCCGUCAACGGCCCCAAUGCCAUCUCCGUCGGCUGGAACACCUACGAGAAGCUAGACAUGCCAUGUGUUCAAUAUGGCACGUCUAGCAAUGCGCUCAACCUGCAGGCUUGCUCGAAUAACUCGGUCACCUAUUCAACGUCUCGUACUUACUCCAAUGCGGUCACUCUCACAAACUUGGCGCCAGCCACCACAUACUAUUACAAGAUAGUAUCGACGAAUUCCAGCGUUGACCACUUCCUUAGUCCGCGGGUGGCUGGUGACACAACCCCCUUUGCUAUGAACGCCGUGAUUGACAUGGGCGUCUACGGCGCCGACGGGUACACCAUUCAAAUGGACCAGACCAAGCGGGACAUAAUCCCCACCAUCGACCCGUCGCUGAAUCACACCACCAUCAGCGCUCUGGCCAACACCGUCGACGACUACGAGUUCGUCGUGCAUCCCGGCGACUUCGCAUAUGCCGAUGACUGGUACCUCAAGCCAAAGAACCUCCUCGACGGCGAGGACGCCUUCCAAGCCAUCCUGGAGGAGUUCUACAACCAGCUCUCGCCGAUCUCCGGCCGCAAGGCGUACAUGGCCAGCCCCGGUAACCACGAGGCGGCGUGCGAGGAGAUCCCGUUCACGACGGGCUUGUGCCCGGCCGGCCAGAAGAACUUCACGGACUUCAUGACGCGCUUCGGCGAGACGAUGUCGACGGCCUUCCCGUCGCAGUCGCGGGUCCAGGCCGCCAAGGUCAACGCCAACAAGGCGCAGCUGCUGGCCAAGCCGCCCUUCUGGUACUCCUUCGAGUACGGGAUGCUGCACUUCACGAUGAUCAACACGGAGACGGACUUCGACGACGCGCCCGACGCUCCCGGCGGCUCGGCGCAUCUUAAUAGCGGCCCUUUCGGCGCCGCGAACCAGCAGCUGGAGUUCCUGGAGGCGGACCUCGCGUCGGUCGACCGGACGGUGACGCCGUGGCUCGUGGUCGGCGGCCACCGCCCCUGGUACACGACGGGCGGGGACGGCUGCACGCCGUGCCAGGACGCGUUCGAGCCGCUGUUCUACAAGUACGGCGUCGACCUCGCCAUCUUCGGCCACGUGCACAACUCGCAGCGGUUCCAGCCGGCCUACAAUAAUACGGUCGACCCGCGCGGCAUGGACGACCCGGCCGCGCCCAUGUACAUCGUCGCCGGCGGCGCGGGCAACAUCGAGGGGCUCAGCGAGGUUGGCUCCAAUGUGUCGUUCAACUCGUUCGCGUACGCGGACGAUUUUAGUUAUGCCAAGAUCAGCUUCCUCGACACGACGAAUAUGCAGGUGGAUUUCAUCAGGUCCUCGACCGGCGAGGUUUUGGAUACGAGCGUCUUGCAUAAGUCUCACAAGCAGCAGUUUGUUGUGCAAUGA